GUACAGUAAGUUUAGGUGUGUAAAAGAUAUGUGCAAGAUGAGUAAUGUAUUUGGUCUAAGUCUAAAUUGAGAUUGGAGGAAAAAAGUGUUGCAAAAGUGCCUUCUCCUCUCCAUCAACCAUCUCUUUCAAUUCAAUCCAUGUUUUUAGCAUCUACAAAUAUAAACGAUUCGACCAAGUUUUUGCAAUUUAAUUUUAUAUAUUUGAAAAUUUUUACUCAAUUUCUAUCCCACUCAUGAUUGUGUAUUGGUGUUUUUUAAUGAAAAAUGAGGAAAGAGAAAGUAUCUAAAAAGAUGGAUACAUAGCUCAUUUCGUCUACUCUCUCACUUUCUCUUUUUCAUCCAUUUCUUACUCACUCUGUCUCUCCCAACUUUGGGCCAUGCUAGAUCUGCCCCUUCUUUCAAUAUUUGAAAACCAAGAAACUAAUUUUAAUUUGAAUCAUGUUGCGGUACGACUCCACCUCGUCAUCAGCGGGAAGUAGCAGUGGCAGCUUAUCAUCCUCCUCCUCCUCGUCCAAGCCACCGCAGCAAGAUAUUGAUGGACUACUCGCCGGUGCUGGUUAUAAAGUCCGGUCGUCGGAGUUACGACAAGUAGCUCAACGACUGGAACGACUCGAAACCGCCAUGGGUAAUUCGCCUGCAGAUUUCUCUCAACUUGCCUCUGAUGCUAUACUCUAUAACCCUUCUGAUCUGGUCUGCUGGGUCGACUCGCUGCUAACUGAGUUCGCUGAGCCUCCUCCCACUUGCUCCUCCGACUUCAUCGUGGAUCCCGUAAACAAUCAAACGGUGGUAAACAGCGCGUGGACCACCGCCGAACCUCAUACACCGCAGGUGCACCAGAAUAUUACUUAUGACGAGCAACAGAGUUUGGAUAAUCAGUUGACGGUUGUCACGGCCAUGGAAGAAGAUUCGGGUAUAAGGCUGGUCCACAUGUUGAUGACUUGUGCUGAGUGCGUCCAAAGUGGAGACCUCUCAUUGGCUACUUCAUUGAUCGGCGACAUGCAAGGGUUACUGACUCAUGUCAACACCGUUUGCGGUAUCGGUAAAGUUGCUGGACAUUUUAUCGACGCUUUAAGCCGCCGUAUUUUCCAAGGAAUGGGCGGUGGCUCUGUCAACGGUGGCUCGGCUUUUGAGAACGAGAUUUUGCAUCAUCAUUUUUACGAAGCUUGUCCAUACUUGAAAUUCGCUCACUUCACGGCCAAUCAGGCGAUCCUCGAAGCUUUCGACGGUCACGAUUGCGUACACGUGGUGGAUUUCAAUUUGAUGCACGGCCUACAAUGGCCAGCUUUGAUACAAGCCCUGGCUUUACGUCCUGGCGGACCUCCUUUGCUCCGUUUGACUGGCAUUGGACCGCCAUCACCAGAUGGCCGUGACUCACUUCGCGAGAUCGGUUUACGACUCGCCGAGUUGGCUCGGUCCGUCAACGUCCGCUUUGCCUUCCGUGGAGUCGCGGCUUCCAGGCUGGAAGACGUUAAGCCUUGGAUGCUUCAGGUGAAUCCAAAAGAAGCGGUGGCAGUUAACUCCAUCAUGCAGCUUCACCGUUUACUCGGAUCUGAACAGACCCGGAAUUCUCCUAUCGACACCGUGCUGAGCUGGAUCCGGGGCUUAAACCCGAAAAUUAUGACAGUGGUGGAACAAGAAGCAAACCACAAUCAACCAGGUUUUCUGGACCGGUUCACAGAAGCUCUUUAUUAUUAUUCAACGAUGUUCGAUUCUUUAGAAGCUUGCAGGGUUCAGCCGGAAAAAGCUUUAGCCGAGAUAUACAUUCAGAGGGAAAUAGGGAACGUAGUGAGCUGUGAAGGGUCGGCUCGAGUAGAAAGGCACGAGCCAUUGGCUAAAUGGAGGAGACGGCUGAGUGGAGCCGGGUUUAGGGCAUUGCAUUUGGGGUCCAACGCGUUUAAACAGGCUAGCAUGUUACUCACAUUGUUCUCGGCGGAAGGGUAUUCAGUGGAAGAAAAUGAAGGGUGUUUGAGUCUUGGUUGGCAUAGCCGCCCUCUCAUCGCGGCUUCGGCUUGGCAAGCCGUGCCAGCGUGGGAUAAUCAUAUGUCAUCUUCAUAGUAGGGGCAGGGUAAUAGUAACUAAGAUCUUGCUGUAAAUCCAGAGUAAUUUGGUUAUUUUUUGAAAUUCUAUCUUUUUUACCUUUCAAUGCAUUUCACCAAACUAUUUUCUAUAAAAUUUUACUUCAGGAGAA